AUGGAGUCCGACAAACCACAACGCCUGAAGGAGUGGCGUGCAAGCCACCAAAUCAGCCAGAAAGGCGAUGUUUGUCUGCACACGCGCCCAGCCCUGCAUGAUUUCGCGCGGGGGAUCACCAAUGACGAACAGUACGGCCCGCUCGUACGAACCCUCGAGCUCGACUUCUUCCUCGACGGAUGGCCAGAGCGCUCCAUCUCCCGCGCCCCUCGCACCGUCAAAAGCGACACCUCGCCUCAACACCAAAGCCAAAGCCAAGCCCAACAAGCACGGUCAGGCCAGGACGAAAUCGAAGGGGCCGAGGCCACGCUCUCCCCUUCCCUCGCGCGCACCGCGCUCACCGCCCUCCACACCGCGACCAUCAACUGCGGCCACUCGACCGCCCGUCCGACCCUCAUGCCGCCCUCGCUCGCGGUACAGAUCGCGGCGCUCGGAGCGGCGCCGUCCCUCACGCGCCUGGUCCUCCUCCGGACGCGCUUCGCGAGCACAGCGGAGGCCGCGCGUGUGCUUUGGGCCUUUCCGCGUGUGCGCACGAUCGAGCUGACGUGGGUGCGGGUCGCCCCGGCGGACGCACUGGACGCAUGCGCGGAGGUGGAGAACCUGCAAGAGGCCUAUCCUGACAGGCUGAAGGGCCUGCGCGAACUCAGGAUAACCGAGCCGGGAAGCGUCGACGCGAUCUUAUCCGUCUUUGCGGACGCACCUGCGCUGCUGUACCUGUACAUCGCACCCGGACACGACCGCGAGUCCAUCGAAGACGCGGAGGACGUCGGCUUCCAACAACUGCGCAAGCUCCCCGCGCUCCGCCACCUCCACCUCGAGCUCACCGCGCCCGAGUACGACGCGUUCUGGGCCGCCGCGCUCGUGCGCGACUACCUGCGCGCCCGCGCCCCGCGCGACCUGCUCACGCUCGAGUUCUCCGGUGACCACGCUGCCCCGCACGUCCUCCGCGACGCCGCGAAUUGGGGCCCCGCGUUCGACGACGCGCUCGCGCGGCAGACCCACCCGCCGCGCGUCGUCGAGCUCCUCUACCGCAUCGUCGACCUGCUGGACGACGCGCCCCGGCGCGCGCAGGUCAUGCGCGAGAUCGCGGAGGGGUUCCCGAAGCUCGCCGCGCACGACCGGUGCGAGCUCGUGGUGGACCCAGUGUUUGAGCCGUGGGGGAGCACCGCGGGGAAGCGGAGCGGGAAGCUGCCGGGGCCGGUCGCGCAUGGGAACUAG